AUGCGUUCUCAAUUCGUUGCCCUUGGCGCCAUGGUCUCGGCCGCAAUGACUUUGGCUGUGCCAACGACCCGCGAGGUUGCCUUUGAAAAGCGUCAGCUCUCCAUUCCUGACUCUCUGAUUCCUGGCAUCAACGACAACAUCACUUCGAUCCUGCAAAAUAUUCUGGGACCACUCCCCAUCCUCCAGGCGCCCACCCCUGCCUUGAGCUCGCCGCCAUUCAAGCAGCUCAGCAUCAAGCCAAAGAAGGUCGGCUACUACUGGACUGGUGCUGAGGACAGGAAGCACAAAGACUUCCUCGCUGUCGUGUCUCAUGACGAUGACACUUUCGGUCAAUUCGUCAACAUUGCCGAGGUUCCCACCUCUGGUAACGAGCCUCACCACAUUGGUGCGAGUGCCGAUGGCAAGACCCUCGUCGGUGGUGGUCUGCUCUCUUUACUCAAGACUCAAGACACCGCCUUCUACUUUGACAUUUCCGACCCAUACGCACCCAAGUUCAAGAAGGUGAGAGUCGCUUCGAUUCGACGCUCGUGAUGGCGAACGAGGGCGGCUGUGCUAGGAGUUUGAGCUGACAGAAUGCCCUUUUACUCUCCGCUUAUCCUUCAGAGCAACAGAGCUUUGCUGGCAUCAAUCACCGAUGAGAUCCGUGCCAAGCCCGACGGUGGUUUCUUCAUCACCUACAUGGGUUCCGCCGCCGGUACCUCCCCAGGUCGUCUCGUCGAGACCAACGCCGACUUUGACAUCAUCGGUCAAUGGCCUCAAUCUCUUGACUCCAUCAACGCUCUUACUCAGCAAUUCAGCCCUCAUGGUCUGUCCAUCGACUGGAAGAACAACUGGAUCCUGACGUCCGACUACGUCGUUCCCCUCUCCGUCCUCAAGCCUUCCACUGGUAUCCAGCGUGCCAACACGCUUCGUCUCUGGACCCUCCACAACCGUGAGAUCGUCAACACCAUCACGAUCCCCCGCGGUGGUGGAAUUCAGGACGUCAAGUUCAUCCCCAACAACCCCGAUGGUGCAGCUAUUGCCACUGCUGUCCACCUCGGUCAGAUCUGGAUCAUCUACCCCAACCGUAAGGAUGCCAACGGCAAGCAGGGCACCGCCGAGCUCCUCUUCGACCUCGGCCCCCGCGCUCGUGACAGCACUGCCAUCUACACUGCUGUUUCCAACGACGGCAAGUUCCUGUACGGCUCCAUCACCACCGGCAACCACAUCUUUGCCUUGGACAUCAGCGACUUGAAGAACAUUAAGCGUCUGGACAACCCCGACGAGCAACAGAAGUCAGCUGGUGGCGUUCCCGUUCUCGGACCUCACUUCUUGUCUCUGUCCCCAGACCAAAAGACGCUGACCGUCACCGACUACUUUGUCCGCACCGGCGACAUUGGUAUCCUCAACACACCAGGAAACUACUUCUCUCACGUCAUCGACAUUCUCCCCAACGGCGGAUUGAGCUUCAACCGUACCAUCGACUUUGCUGGCCGUUUCCCUGACCGCGGUGGUGCUCGUCCUCACUCCAGCACCGUCUUUGACUUUACCGACCCAGAGAAUCCCAAGUGGUCUUACUAA